AUGGAUCCAAAAGUAAAUGACAAAUUUGCUAAGUGGUUGCACAUGAGAUAUGGUUUGAUCAAGGCAUGUACAAUCGUCAAAGGAAAGAUACACAGAUAUCUUGGAAUGACUUUGGAUUUCUUGGUGAAAGGAAAACUCAAGAUCCGCAUGGACAACUAUGUCAAGAACAUGUUGGAAGAUUUUCCUAUCAAGUUUAACAAGGAUUCAAAGCAGGAAACACCAGCUG